AUUGCGGGAUUCAUAGUGUUGGGCCUUUUCCUCUUGUUGGUCAUCAUAGCUUUCAUCGUUGUUGUGUUUCUCGUGAUAAAGAAACUAAGAUUCCAAAACAAUGAAAUUUUAGAUCUGAAUGAACAAAUUGACAAGCUGAAGUCAGCCGAAGAGGGCGGGACCGGGGUGGAGACGGAACCGGAAGUUGUGGUCUCUAGGACGAGAUCCAAACCAAAAGGAGAAAUGAGAGCGGACAGUGCAGUGGACAUGUGUGACACAUACAGUACAAAUGGCAAUAGUAUACACGGCAAUGAACAUGGCCUUUCUCAAAGUCCCGUGUCGUUCAAGAUCAAACCACAAUACACAAUCAAAGUUAAAAAUCGACACACCCUCAUGUUUGGUUCCCGGACUGCCAUGCCGCAGAUGGUAGCUAUGACGCAAGACUUUUCCCGCGACGCCGACGCUAGUGAUGCUGUUGCUACAGUGGAUGAGAUUGACAUAGAGAGUUAUGAUGAAAGAGACACGGUGGGCACGCUGUCGCCUCUCUCUCGACAAUCAAUCUGGCAGGGUCGACCGACCUCUGUUCUAAUGCAGAACCCCAUAGCAACUCCCGACUCGUCUAGCAAAUCUGUGUCCCAAGAAAAGGGUGUUUUCGUUCACAAAAGUAUCGGUAAAAAUGGCGACAUACUUAAGAUGUCAGGUUUAACUUUAGAAAUCCCUCCUGGUGCGUUGAACGAAUCUAAGCUGAUAACUUUAGGAAUCACGUGGGAUGAAGCUCUUCUCCCGAAGUUAAAAAAGAAGCAAGCACAUCUUAGUCCUGUGGUGGUGUGUCAACCUUGUAUACGGUUUGCUAAACCUGUCAAGUUGACGUUUCCACAUUGCGGUGUCCAAGUAAUAAGUGAUUGGAUACCGCGGGUGAUAAAACGUCAGGGUAACCUUGACAACCAGUCGGAAUGGACGAAUUUAACACAUGACGAUUACGAGGAGAGAGAUUUUACAGAAUCUGAUGUAACAGUCAGUCUUAAACAUUUCACAUUGUACACAAUGGUAGGAGAGUCUCAGCCAGAUAAAACGGCUGCAAAGAAAGUCAAGUUGAUCGCCUUCACUCCAACGCUUCAAAUGGGCGUCAUGUUCAAAACUAGAAUAUACUGCAUCAACGAUUACGACACAGAAAUCAAGGGCGUUGAUAAAGUGGAAAGCAAACUAGAUGGAAGCAUGGCUAACGCCCCAGUGCCUCUUAUAUUCCAUGACAACGGCAAAGACCUCACGGUCUCGUUGAAGACGGACGUGCAAGGAUGGAAUUUGUGUGGGGAGAAGACACAGUAAAUGGACUUUGAGAGUGUUUGGCACGCAAUGACACCCUACUCGAACUUUGUAUUUGACCCCUCUACUCCAUCU